AUAUUGAUGAAUGCCGCCAAGAAACGAGUGACUGUGAUAAAAAUGCUGACUGUACAAACACUGUUGGUUCCUAUAUGUGUACCUGUAAAGACGGCUUUGAGGGUAACAGUACACACUGCUUUGACAUCAAUGAGUGCAUUGAGAGAGCUCUAGACUGUCAUCCGAAAUCCAAUUGCACCAACAGCAUUGGUAGUUACGCAUGCGCCUGUCCGACAGGUUACCGCGGUGAUGGUACCAAUUGCUUUGAUAUAGACGAGUGCGCAGAAAACCCGGAUAUCUGCAAAGAGUUGGAAGAGUGUGUGAAUCUCGACGCUAGCUACCUUUGUCGAUGCAUUACGGGAUACUCAAGGAAGACUGAUGACGCAGAAUGUACAAACGUGAAUGAAUGCAAUUCUGUUAAUGGAACAGAUCCCUGUGGAGUAUCAGGAACGUGUAGAGACACUCUGGGAAGUUACACGUGCAAAUGCAAUAAAGGGUUUAUUAGAAAUGGUGUCCAGUGCAUCG